AUGCAGCCCGCCAUGAUGAUGUUCUCCAGCAAGUACUGGGCCAGGAGGGGCCUGUCCCUGGAUUCAGCCAUGUUUGACCAGCAGCACCGGGGAGCGCAAACUUCACGCAGAACCUCCUUUGGCCGGAUAGAGGAAACGUCCGACAGAGACAAUAAAGUGCAGGCGGACGACACGGGCAAGACCGCUGUGGUUUUCGCCCUCAAGAACGAGGUGGGCUGCUUGGUGAGAGCCCUGCGGCUCUUCCAGGAGAAGCAUGUGAACCUGGUGCACAUCGAGUCUCGUAAGUCCAAGCGCCGGGCGUCAGAGGUGGAGAUCUAUGCAGACUGCAGCUGCAGCAAACAGGAGUUUGGCGACCUGGUGCACCAUCUGAAACAACACAUAAGCAUUAUCUCACUGGAGCCACCAGAGCACAUGUGGUCUGAAGAGGAAGAAUGUAAACAUAUUUUAAAUAUGAUUGUGUUUUGGGUACCAGAGCUGGAUGGAGUUCCAUGGUUCCCCCGGAAGAUCUCAGAACUGGACCAGUGCUCCCACAGGGUGCUCAUGUACGGGUCUGAGUUGGACGCCGACCACCCGGGCUUUAAAGAUGCCAUUUACCGCCAACGGAGAAAAUACUUUGUGGAAGUGGCCAUGAGUUACAAAUUUGGACAGCCCAUCCCCCACAUCGAAUACACGCAGGAGGAGGUGAAGACGUGGGGAGUAGUGUUCCGGGAGCUGACAAAACUGUACCCCACCCAUGCUUGCCGGGAGUACCUGAAGAACCUACCCCUCCUCACAAAGCACUGUGGCUAUCGGGAGGACAACAUCCCUCAGCUGGAGGAUGUGUCACUCUUCCUUCGAGAGCGUUCAGGUUUCACAGUGCGCCCAGUGGCUGGGUACCUCUCGCCUCGGGACUUCUUGGCUGGCCUGGCCUACCGAGUGUUCAACUGCACCCAGUAUGUGCGACACAGCACUGACCCUCUCUACACACCAGAACCGGACACGUGCCACGAGCUACUGGGACACGUGCCCUUACUGGCAGAUGCCAAGUUUGCCCAGUUCUCCCAGGAAAUCGGCCUGGCUUCUCUAGGGGCUUCCGAUGAAGACGUGCAGAAGCUGGCCACGUGCUACUUCUUCACCAUCGAGUUUGGCCUGUGCAAGCAGGACGGACAGCUGAGAGCCUAUGGAGCAGGACUGCUGUCAUCCAUUGGUGAGCUGAAGCACGCGCUUUCAGACAAGGCUACCGUAAAGCCUUUCGACCCGAGGACCAGUUGCUUCCAAGAGUGCCUCAUCACUACCUUUCAAGAUGUGUACUUUGUCUCUGACAGUUUUGAAGAAGCCAAAGAGAAGAUGAGGGAGUUUGCAAAAACCAUUCAGCGUCCUUUCUCUGUUUAUUAUAACCCUUACACCCAGAGCAUCGACUUGCUGAAGGACACAAGGAGCAUCGAGAACGUGGUGAACGACCUGCGCAGCGACCUAAAUACAGUGUGCGAUGCCCUGAGCAAAAUGAACAAGUACCUGGGAAUUUAGCAUCCUGUUCGAGCACACGUGGUACUGAGGGGGUAAAAGGUACCUUGUGUUGAUAUAAUUAAAAGAAGAGAUUUAA